UUUCUUUUAUAUUGGUCUUAUGUUUGUCCCAGAUUUAGUAAAUUGACUAGUGUGUUUUUCCGUCCUGUCGUUUCGCAAUCCAGCAAAUCCCACGUUUUCCCUGCUUAUGUGAAGCUACACUUCCACGAAGUUAAGAAUUGUAAUCCUACAUUGAAAGCUCCUGAGAUCCUAAAGAAGCUUAGUGAAAUGUAUAAGGCGACGUCUCCGGCUGAGCUGGCAAAGUUAAAUUUGGGAAGUAGAAUCACCACAUUUGUUCCAAAAACAAGCAAGGAGAAAAUGGAAUCUCGAAAAAAGCUUACGUUUGCUCGGAAGCAUGGUUUGCCGAAGCCCCAGCCGCUGACUGGAUACAUGGUUUUUAUUCAUGAAAAACUUUCCGGAAACAAGGGAUUGAGCCUGCAGGACAUGACGGCUAAAUUGUCUGAUGCAUCCAAAGCAUGGCAAAACUUGCCGGAGUCCAACAAGGAGGCGUAUAACAUGCGGGCAUCCGAGAACAAAUUGUCUCACCUGCGUGACCUGAAGGCCUGGGCUGACGAGAACGAAAUUCAGUUCUCGAAAAGGAGCUCGGUUCUGGCCAGCCGCCUCUACGCCAAGCACCAUGGCAAGGCGGCGGCGGCUGCUGCUGCCGCAAAGGCUAACUCGGCCAAAUCACCAUCAAAGUAG